AUGAACUGGAUUAUUUUUUUGUCGCUGGCGCUGAAAGGGUCACUUUAUUUGGCCACAUUUUAUAACACGUUGCCGUUUAUAGGGUCCGUAUCCAGGUCGUUGAUUGAGAGUUACUUUUCCUCAUCUGUUUCCUUUAACUUGGAUACCAUUUACCUCAAUUGGAAUACUUCGUUUCCAGCCAUAACCGUCUGCGAGCUGUACAACUCGGAAAAGAUUUGGGACCUGAGCGACACUUACUUUGGCAUGGAGCACGACAUGCACAUCGAUGACUUCGUCAGCGAGAUCGCAUUCUUCAGGGGCAUCUGCAUCAGCUGCGAGAACUGUCAUCAGUUGUACUGUCCAGACAACUUUACACUGCUGCUAGAUGUGUUUCGCACCAAAUGCCAUGAGCUUAUUGUGGAGUGCCGCUACCUCAAUCAGAUCUUCGAGUGCUGCGAACAAUUUUUACCCAUAUUCACAGAGUAUGGGGUCUGUUACUCCUUCAACUCGCACCAGGCGCGCAAAGUAGCGCAGGUGCAGUACAAAAACAAUCGCAUGACCGGAGCUGGGCAUCUUAAAUUUCUUGCCACCGCCGACAUUCAGGUGCAUGUCCAUGCGCCCAUCGACGUGCCCUUUCACUUCUCCGAGGGCAUGAUACGCGAGACAGUGCUCUUGGGUAACAACAAGGAGCUCAUACUGAACGUCAUCGAGGUGUACAAUCACGAAAAUGUUGAGGAGCUGAGCCAUGAGCAGCGACGAUGUCGUUAUAGUCACGAGCAUGUUGAGGACCGCAUAGGAAUUUACGAGUUCUACAGCUACUCCGGCUGCAUUGUGGAGUGCACCGUUGCGCUGCAUUUGCUGUACUGCAAUUGCACCAGCCACUUUAUGGCUGUGCCGAGCAAGAAUUCCCUGCCUAUGUGCGACUUUCGUGGCUUAAUCUGUUUGACGCACAUCCAUGAAAGGCUGGUCGCAGAGCGCAAGUCUUGUGAUUGCAUGAGCUCCUGCGAGGAGCCCGAGUACAACAUAAUCUACAAUACAGCAGAUGACAAGCAGGAUGCCGAAAAGGAUGUCUCCGAUAUACAUGUGGCACUGGUGGAACUACCCACACAGCGCUAUGUGCGUCGCGUGGCUAAAACACCUCUGGACUUAUUGAUUUCUUUCGGAGGCCUGAUUAGUCUGUUCUUCAACAUAUCGGCAGUGCGCGUUGUUGAGGCCAUAUUUAUGUGCUUGGAGUACAGAAAAGAAGUCUUUAAAUGGGCAAAUAGAAUCUACAUUGGCACGUUCAAUUAUUUACAGAUUUUGAUAAGGUUAAAGUAA